UGGACGACCUUCUGCCUUUUCGUUAUGGGUCUCCUGGGCGUUGGGGGCUGUACUUUCGUGCCGCAACCUCGUGAAUAUCGUACCGGGAGGUGGGUAGAUCCUUAAUAAUAGCUCUGGGACCUUGUUGUCGUCGUGGAUCUCUCCAGCUUCGCUUUUGAUCGCCUGGCUGUCUCCCUGCUUGUGUUUCGCGGCGCCGGAAGUGCUUCAAAGGGUGAUCUUCUCUACGAAACAAGUCGCCAAUUACGCCUACAAUGCGCGCGUCGUAUUUGGCGAGCUUCGCGUUGCUCGCAUUCUUCAGCCUUGCGGAGCCGCUUGUGGCCACUCCUUCGAUCGCGGAUCCUACCAUCACCGCGCCGCCUCAGAUACCCCAUGAGCUCUUGUUCAAGAAGCAGGAUGAUGUUCGGUACAUAGGAUGGAUUUCAUGGAGUGGAGAGUGGACGCAGCGCACCUGUGACUAUGGCGGUACCUUCUAUUCCGACAAUGACGACUGGAGGUGUUGUGCGACGAGCCUUGCGUCCUGUAACGGGCCUAUAGGAUGCAUCGGGGGGAGCUUGAUUUAUUCGUUUGCGACGGGAACUGUCAGUCGGGGAACCUACGCGUGUUCCGAGGUGUAUACCGAUCCCGCCGACUAUUCCUUCUCGAUCUGCAAUACUGGAUUUAUGUAUGAGAAUACGAAUGAUCCGGACCCAAAAACAAACAUCUUCUGCGGUGUUAGUUCGUUGAAUUGGUCUUAUUAUCGUCAGAAGCCAGAGGAGUCGACUACAUCAUCAGAAGAAUCCUCAACCACUAGUCCGUCAACGACUGUCCGGACGACGACGUCUACUUCAGCUUCCCCGUUUCCCAUCGGCACCGCGGAGCCCAAGAAGGAGAAAAGCAAGGCAUGGAUUGCGGGCGCUGUGGUCGGUCCUGUAGCUGGGCUGGCAUUACUCGGAGCGCUUCUCUGGUUCCUCCUUGCAAGACGUAAGAAGAACCAGACAUCACCGCAGCAGCCACAACCUUCAAUGCAACAACAAGCACCAGGAGGACCCUACCCACCACAAGGCUACGUCGGCAGCCCAAAUCCACCUCCCCCAGCACCAUCCGCGGAAUACUACAACCCGCAAGUGGCGCAAAAACAAGCGAACAUGGUGCCCUACGGCGUCGCCUCACACAACAGCUGGAUUCCCCAACCCCCUCAAUCACCUACGACGCAAGGCUCGCAUUCCCCACAACCACCACCCCAAAGCCCCUACGGAUCACCGCCGCCUGCACAGCAGUGGAAUUCUCAAAACCAACAAGUGUAUAAUAACCAGCCUCCCACCAGCCCUCCGUCACAGAGCCCACCACCACAAAUUAUGCAGGCAGGUAUGGUGGAUAACGGGGGCGUGAAUAAGCAGUCGGGCGUGGGUGUGAGUGAGAGACCGUUUUCAGCGGAGUUGGAUUCGUCGCAGCAACAGCAUCAGAAUAUGGCGCAGUACGUUCCAUCAUGGCAGCAACCGGGGCAACAGCAACCGCAGCAGAAUUAUGUAGCGUAUUCGCCGCCGCCGCCGCCGCCGCAGACGGGGAGAUAGGAGGAGGAAACGUAACGAAAAGAGUCGCGGGAGAAACGGGUAGGGAGAAUUCUGGUUUUCAGAGCUAAACGACUUGAGUUAUCAUCUUUGGAAGAUCACAGCGAACACGACUCGAAAGGCCUUCAGGAAGAAGCCGUGAGGUUCAUAGCUAACGAUAUUGAAAGAGCGGGAUUGUUAUGAGGUUAUCCGAAUCACUGGG